AUGGCAGGAUCAUACCGAAGGGUUUCAACGCCGUCAAAACCCGCAAAGUCCUCUGGUGCGAAGCCGCAGUCCGCGAAACGAAACAACACGCUCUUAAACUUCUUCCAGAAAGCGGACGGGCCUCCACAAUCGGCCUCGAGACAGGCCCGCAUUACACAGUUUACCGCGCAGGGAGAAAGACCGGGUAGCCGCGUUACGACUCCGCGGCCUCGAUUGUUAAAAAGGGAAACUAGUUCGACGAAUGGUGGUGGCGAGGAAGGGUUGUUCUUGGGGGAUAGCAAAAGAGCCAAGAACCCUGUGGAUAAUGGGAGUCCGAGGGGAAAGGAGAGGUCUCGUACGCCGGAUGAUAUUUGGGGAGAGGAAGACUUUGAUAAUGGGAAAUCCUUAGAGGAGGGGGACAAAUAUAACCAAAAUGGCUCUGCGAUGAAACGACGGAAGAUGGAUUCGGCAGAGGCGGAUUCUUCCUCGGCAGAGAAAACGGCGAAGAAGGCGCGGAAAGCUAGCGGUCCCUUUAUUGAUGAGUCGGACAGCGAGGAUGAAGGCCUGGAGGCAUUUAGAGAUAUCGGGGACGGAGACGACCAAGAGCAGGUUUUGGAGAAGAAGGAUGCGGAGGAACUCGCGAUGCCCUCUGACGGAGAUCAAACGGCAAGGAAACGGACUUUCGCCGCCGACGUACCACCGCUGGUAAGAGAAGCCACGAGCCAUAUGCAAGAUGAUGAAUACCCGGAUUUUGACGAUAUAGAAGGGGACGAAGUCGAAGGGGAAGAGUUCUUAGGUGCUUCAGAUGGAGAUGAGGUUAGAGAGUGCGAGGCCGCCUUUGAUCCCGAUGCAAACGAUCUAUCUACGGAUACUCUCAACAUAGAUGAAACGCCUACCUGUCCAGUAUGCCAGGGGAGCUUAGAAGGGGUUGAUGAAACAAACGUCAUGGCUCAUGUUAAUGAUUGUCUCGAUGGCAAACCCAGCAUGGUCCUGCCGAAGACACCAAGUACAGACGUUGGCCCGUCCGCGCAGAAAGUAAACUUAGCGGAUCGUGCUGCUGUGGCCAGGCCUGCGCAACGAGAUCCCGUUCAAUCCAAAGCUUCGAGGCCUUCCUCCGCAUUCUCCAAAAUCAUGACAGGUAAUGCUGAAGACACAGCAUGGGCGGAGGCAGCAGCAAGUGAUGUUGCAUCACGAGGCAAACAAGCUUACCAAAGAACUUGCCCUUUUUAUAAGAUCAUUACAGGAUUCUCAAUAUCAGUGGAUGCUUUUCGCUACGGCGCAGUGGAAGCAUGUAACGCAUAUUUUUUAAGCCACUUUCAUAGCGAUCAUUACAUGGGCCUUUCGAAAUCCUGGCGCCAUGGGCCGAUAUAUUGCAGCAGACCGACGGGGAAUCUGGUCCGUCAGCAACUCAAGGUCGAUCCAAAGUGGAUAGUUGACCUCGAGUUUGAAAAAAAGACCGAAGUUCCUGGAACCGGGGGAGUGCAGGUAACUAUGAUCGAGGCCAACCAUUGUCCCGGAAGCGCCAUUUUCGUUUUUGAGAAGGUUGUGAGCUCUGGACCCUCUACAAGAAUCCACAGAGUCUUGCAUUGUGGUGACUUCCGAGCAUCUCCGCAACAAGUGAACCAUCCUCUCCUUCGUCCAGAUGUUGUUGAUCUGAAGACGGGUAAGAAUUGGCAGCAGAGAAUUGAUGCUUGCUAUCUUGAUACCACCUAUCUAAGUCCAAAGUAUGCGUUCCCGAAGCAGUCAGAUGUCGUGAGCGCAUGCGCUGAGCUUUGUGUGCGCAUUGAUCAGGGCCAAUAUGAUAGCAUUGGCCACAUGCCAUUUCAGACCGGAACUAGCAAGCCCGUAUCAAAUAAUCCAAUCAGCAAAUUUCUCUCGUCCGCUACUACUGCUGUCAAGUCCCCUUCCCAAACAAAAUCAAAGCCUAAAGACCGAGUACUCGUCGUGAUCGGCACCUACAGUAUCGGCAAAGAGCGGAUAUGCCUCGCCAUAGCACGCGCACUAAAGAGCAAAAUCUACGCAACGCCCGCCAAACAACGUGUAUGCGCUUGUUUGGAAGAUCCGGAGUUAUCCUCGUUACUUACAGAUGACCCCCUCAAAGCUCAGGUACACAUGCAGACUCUCGUCGAGAUUCGGGCAGAGACGCUCUGUGACUAUCUGGACUCAAUGAAGCCGCAUUUUACUCGGGUAGUCGGCUUUCGACCAACCGGAUGGACAUACCGACCGCCGGCUGGCAGGACGCUGGAGAACCCGCCCGUUUCAACCGUGCUCCACUCUGCACACUGGCAGACUCCGUUCUCGGUGCGUGAUCUUACACCGCAGCGGGGGAGCACGCGAGAAAGUGCUUGUUUCGGUGUCCCUUAUAGUGAGCAUAGCUCGUUCCGGGAAUUGACCAUGUUUUGCUGUGCGUUGCGGAUAGGCCGGAUCAUUCCAACAGUCAAUGUUGGUAACCAGAAGAGUCGGGAGCGGAUGAAAGCUUGGUUUGACAAGUGGGAAGCAGAGAAACGUAAGAGUGGGCUGUUUAAAGUGACGGGCGAUGAUUGGUAG